CCCCGAGUACCACAAGGUUCACCAGAUGAUGCGCGAGCAGUCCAUCCUGUCGCCCAGCCCCUACGAGGGCUACCGCAGCCUCCCGGAGCACCAGCUGCUACUCCUCAAGGAGGACCGCCAGGCCGUGUUCCGCGACCCCCAGGGCCUCCAGAAGGUCUUCGGCGUGGCCCUGGUGCUGGUGCUCAUCGGCUCCCACCCCGAUCUGUCCUUCCUCCCGGGGGCGGGCGCCGACCUCACUGUGGACCCCGACCAGCCCCUGAGCGCCAAGAGGAACCCCAUUGAGGUGGACCCCUUCACCUACCAGAGCAUCCACCAGGAGGGCCUGUACGCCGUGGGGCCACUGGCCGGGGACAACUUUGUGCGCUUCGUGCAGGGCGGGGCCCUGGCCGUGGCCAGCUCCCUGCUGCGGAAGGAGGCCAGGAAGCCACCCUAGCGCCUGGCCCGGCAGCCUUACACCCAGGCCCUAAGAGGAGGGAGAUCACCACAGCCCUGCCGGAUGCACAGUGCGUCCCAAGAUGCCCCAGUGAUGGAAGGGGGCCUCUCCUGCAGGAGACAGGAGCAGCCAUGAGCCCACACCACAGGCCUCUCAGAUGAAGAGUGGGAAACCCAGACUGCCCGGACUCAGACCAGGGUGGAAACAGUGGCCACAGGACACGAUUUUCCGCCGUGCGGACAAAAAUGAUGACGGGAAGUUGUCCUUGGAGGAGUUCCAGCUCUUCUUUGCAGAUGGCGUCCUCAAUGAGAGAGAACUGGAGGAUCUCUUCCACACCAUCGACUCCGACAACACCAACCAUGUGGACACCAAGGAGCUGUGUGACUACUUUGUGGACCACAUGGGGGACUACGAGGACGUCCUAGCUUCCCUGGAGACCUUGAACCACUCCGUGCUGAAGGCCAUGGGCUACACCAAGAAGGUGUACGAGGGCGGGAGCCACGUGGACCGGUUUGUGACGCGCUUCCUCCUGAAGGAGACGGCCAACCAGAUCCAGUCCCUGCUGAGCUCGGUCGAGAGCGCGGUGGAGGCCAUCGAAGAGCAGACCAGCCAGAUCCGACAGAACCACAGCCGGCCCAGCCAUGGCGCGGUGGAGACCUGGUCCGGGAGCCCCACUCCCCCCUGCGCCCCGAACCACAAGCUCAUGGCUGCGGAGCAAGGAAAGAACUUUCCGCCUGGCACCUCAGACCCCAAGGAGGACGGCCUGGAUGCCCAGAUCAGCAGGCUGGCGGGGCUUAUUGGACGGCUGGAGAACAAGACCCUUUGGUUUGACCUUCAGCAGCAUCUCUCGGACGAAGAGGGCACCAACAUGCACCUGCAGCUGGUCCGGCAGGAGAUGGCCGUGUGCCCGGAGCAGCUGGGCGGCUUCCUGGACUCUCUGCGCCAGUACGUGCGGGGCACCGCCGGGGCCAGGAACUGCUUCCACAUCGCUGCCGUGAGGUUGGCGGACGGUGUCACCUUCGUGGUCUAUGAGUUCUGGGAGACGGAGGAGGAGUGGAAGAGGCACCUGCAGAGCCCUGUGUGCAAGGCGUUCCGGCACGUCAAGGUGGACACACUGAGCCAGCCUGAGGCCUUCUCCCGGAUCUCUGUGCCAGCUGCUUGGUGCACCCUGGGCCGUGACUGACCACCUCCCCGAGGCCCCACAGAUGAGUCUGCCGCCCUGCUCCCUCUGACGACGGAUGUCCACUCUUUUCUAGAAACUUUGGUAUACUAGCUGUCUUUUCAGUAUACUUCCAAAUAAGAGUGUCUCUUCCCGCUGUUCAAAGUGAAGGCGCACCCCUCCCCUGGCACCCCCCGCCCCACCCUUGGCGGCAGAGCAGCGUCUGACUGCCAGGGCCCUGCUGACGCUGGAGAGCGGUGGUGACGGAGGCGGCCUCCGCCAGCAGACGGCCACGCAUGACCAGUCCCCGUCCGCCUCCCCUUCCCUGGUCGCCACUCCUCCACGCGGUAGGGGGCCGAGACCCUGUAGUUCCCCCCUAGGCCGGGGCUGAGCCCGCAGGCGGCGGUAGACCCCACGUAGCAGUGCCCUGCUAGGCCAGUAACCGCCGGGAUGAGCACCAAAUAAACUCCCAUUGUGGACA